AUGCGUCCGAUCUCCAUGGUAACGCGUCCGGUAUCCGUGGCAACGCGUCCGGUCUCCAUGGUAACGCGACGGACCCUGCGGAUGGCGCCGGAAGAGAACACCAACUUCUAACUUGGCUAAAGUGAGGCUUUCUUCCGAGACCUAAAAUGGGAUGAAUGAAUAAAUGGAGGAAUGAAUUACAGGUGAGGCAGUGACCCAAAGUUAGCGGAGAAAAAAGGCAGCAUUGUGAAGCGGAAUCAAAAGGAAGGAACAGACCAGAGAAAGUAAAAGAAUGUCAUACAGCCAGACUGAAAGUGUUAUAAAGAAUAUCAUUAGAGAAAUAGGAGGGGAAUGUGCAGUCCAAGGAGAAACUGUUUCUGAGACCUUGGUGGCUUUUAUGGUGAAAGCAGUAGUUUUGGAUCCAAGGAACGGGUUUAAUGUGGAUCGAAUCCUUACAAAAAAUGAUGUACAAAAACUCAUUAAGCUCUGUGUUGGCAGACUACUGGAUAAAAAAAAUCCAUCCCUGGAUACAAUUAAGAUGCAAGUUUUCUUCGAUAUGAAUUACACAAACCGAGAGGAAUUUCUUGAUGAACAUCAUCGAGUCCUAGAAAGCCGAUUAGGCACUGUUAGCAGAGAGAUCACAGAUAAUCGGGCUCGUUCUAGAAAUGAGCUAGAGAGUCUCUACCGCAAGAUUGUCAGCUAUGUGUUAUUGCGUUCUGGCCUUGGGUCCCCUACAGAUAUCAAAGUUGUCAGAGAAGCAACAGCUGCUCUGCAGAGUGUUUUUCCUCAGACUGAACUUGGAACCUUCCUUUCCCUCAAUAAGAAAGACAAGGAGCGCCAGCUGAAAGAAUUCACCAUGAUUGUUACGGGAAUUAGGUUAUUUAACCGAAGCUGUGAAAAGGGAGGAGAAGGCAUUGACGAUUUGCCAGCUAUUCUAAAUGAAGCUAUUCCACUGACCACCCAGCAUCUUGACUCAGAACUUCAGGCAUCUCAGAACCAGGCAUAUUGCUACACAGCUAUCCUUGAGGCGGCAGCAGAGAACCCACUCCGAAUUGUGGAGCUUGAGCCAUUAAAGAUCAAAGAAGCACUGUUCAACAUGAGACAGUAUGAGGUUUUCCUUCAUAUCAUCCUGGCAGAUGUGAUUACCUGUGCCCAAGAGGUGGAAAUGAUGGAAAAGCAAUUAGCAGCCCAAAUCGAAUAUUUAAAAACUGUUGUUCAAGCAAAGACAGCUGUACCAACAUCACAGGUUUAUCCUAUCUUUAUAUCACUUUCUAGUUUAUGGACCAGCUUUCAAGAUGAGAUUGUGUUGCUUAGUGUCCUCAGCAAUUUGACUACUCACCUGAAACCAUUCCUGGAAGCACAUGCUCAACUCUUUCCUGAGGAGAUGAUACAAGGUCUCCUUGAGGGAAUCAUUGUGAAAACUGAUGUGGAAAGAUUAAGAGAAAGCCUUGAAACCAAAGUAAAUGUGUCUGAUUUCAAGCAUCUAGACUGGCUUUUUCCAGAAACUACGGCAAAUUUUGAUCGAUUACUGAUACAGUACCGUGGGUUUUGCGCUUAUACAUUUGCUACAAAGUUUGGUCUCCUUCUCCCAGGAAAUCCCGCUAUUGGGAUUUUGAAAUACAAAGAAAAAUAUUACACUUUCAGUUCCAAGAAAUCUGCAACCGCCUUCGCCCAAAAUCCAGAUCACUUCAUAGAGUUAAUUGGAGAAAGGGCAAAAGAAUGUGCAGAACUAAUUCAGCUUCUCGAGCUUCAUCAGCAGUUUGAAUCCCUAAUUCCUUAUUCAAAGGUCAAAAGUCUGGACAAGCGCUUUGUGAAACCAUUCACCAGGUGUGACAGCAGUUCUCAGACGGACACCCACAUAAUGCAGCCAACUAUUGUGAAGUCUUAUGAGUGGAAUGAAUGGGAGCUGCGAAGAAAAGCAAUAAAACUGGCUAAUUUGCGCCAGAAACUUACUCACUCAGUACAGACUAAUCUCAGUCACAUGAGGAGAGACAACAGCUCACAGGUUUACCCACUGAAGGAUGUCGGCUCCCAGACCAAGCGCGAAAACUGCAGCAGAGUACCAAAGCCCCAGAUUUAUCUAGCUGGGCUCCGAGGAGGGAUGCCUACCACCCACAUGAUAAAAGUGAACUUAACCAGAGCUGUUGAUGAAACUUAAUUGGUGAACACAUUUUGAAAAUAGAUACCGUACACUGGUUUGUACCAGAAAUUGCCAUAAUUUAGCAUGAGGGAAAAGAAGGUCAUUUCCUACAUUUAGAACCAAGCUAAGUAAUAAGCCAGAAUGAUUUUUGAAUAUUACACUUGCUAUUAAACUGGAAAGAAGUAUUCCUUGUUCAAA